CUCACCUCCCCGGCCGCCCUGUGAAGACGCCAAGAUGGCGGCCAGCAACUACUACGGGUUCGCCGCCGGGCCCCCAUACAGUGCCCAGCACGCUCCAGCUUAUUCCCACCCUCCCGCAGCCACAAGCUACACCGUCCAGCAGACCCCGGGGGUGGACCACGCAGUGGCACCCGCCUACACCCCUGCGGUGCAGGCUGCCCGGCCGGUGGUGGCGUCUGCGGCCUACGGAGGCUACCAGCCCCCCUCAACGCAAGACUACGGCUACGGGACGCGGCAACCGGAGCCCACCGCACAGCCUGCCGUUGCUCAGAACUAUCAGCAGGAUGGCUACACUUAUGGCCGAUCACCGACCGCCAGCGCCUACGAGGCCAAACCGUAUUACCAGGCGGUGGCCACGCCGUCGCAGCACGUGGCCACGGAGUCGUACUACCACUCGAACUCCCAGAGCGGCUACAGCCAGCCGGCGUCAGCGUACAGUCAGACCCAGCCCCAGAGGCAAGUGACGCCUGUGAAGCCGGUUCAAGCGGUAAACACUUCUUCAUCCAACUACAGUACUUAUCCGACUGCCACAACGGGCCAGCAAAACGUUGCGGCUCCCUCCGUCCAGUCGUACACCCCAACCUCCUCCUACGCCUCUUCCUCGUACAACUCUUCUCCUGCUUCAUACUCUGGGUCAAACUACACCAGCUACGACGCCGCUGCCUACACAGCGGCCAACGCUUCCUACUACCAGCCCCCUCAGCAGCCUCUCGUGCCGCAGCAGCCUCAGCUACAGCAGCCCCCGCCCCAGCAGCAGCCCCCGCCUCAGCCUCCCCAGCAGCAGCCAAAGCCCAUGGGGGGCUCCCUGUGGAGCGGCGGCGGCGGCACGAACUCCGCCGUGGGCGGCUACAACAAGAAGCCCCAGUUUCCCAGCAAGCCGCUGAAGCCCAAAGGCCCCCCGAAACAGCCUCAGCUCCACUAUUGCGAGAUCUGCAAGAUCAGCUGCGCCGGUCCCCAGACAUACCGAGAGCACUUAGAAGGCCAAAAGCACAAGAAGAAGGAGGCGGCCCUCAAGACGGGAAGCCAGGCUGGCGGAAGCGGCCCUCGCGGGGUCCAGACCCAGCUUCACUGCGAGCUCUGUGACGUCUCUUGCACGGGAGCGGACGCCUACGUGGCCCAUAUCCGGGGAGCAAAGCACCAAAAGGUUCUCAAGCUGCACACCAAGCUGGGGAAACCCAUUCCUUCCGUUGAGCCCAUGCUGGUCAACGUCUCGUCAGGCCCCGCCAACGGCUCGGCCGGCAAACAGGCCCUCCACGCCCCGUCCUCGGCCGCGCCAGCCAAGCCGGCUAUCGGGACGGCCAACAGCGCCAUCGGCUCGAGCAAGGCGGCGCCCGUCAAGAAACCCCUGGCAUCAAAGCUCACCUUUACAGGAGCCAACAAGCUUCAGGCGGUGAACACGAAGCCGGAGGAAGCGAAGGGGACGCCGGCCCAAGCGGUGACGCCGGUGGAACAGCUCCCGCUCAACAGCUCCGGGGACGGUCUGGGAGACCUCUUAGACGUGCAGCCUGUGGGUCACGAUUACGUGGAAGAGGUUCACAACGACAAAGGCAAGAUGGUCCGCUUUCACUGCAAGCUCUGCGAGUGCAGCUUCAACGACCCCAACGCCAAGGACAUGCACCUCAAGGGGCGCCGGCACCGGCUGCAGUACAAGAAGAAAGUCAACCCCGACCUCCCGGUCGAGAUCAAGCCCAGCAACCGAGCCCGGAAGAUGCACGAGGAGAAACUGAAGAAGCAGCAGCUCCGGGCCCUGGUGAAGAGGCGGCGAGAGGAGGAGCAGCGAUGGCACCUGGAAAUGAGGCGCUACGAAGAGGAAAUGUACUGGCGGCGGGUCGAAGAAGAGCAGCUGUACUGGGAGGAGCAGCAGCGGAGGCACCUGGCUACGGACUGGCACCCUCCCCCCCUCAUGGGCAGGCCCGGCGUCCCCGUCCCCCCUCUCUUGCCCACCCGGCGCCCGAACUCCUCCGACGACCGUCACAUCAUGUCCAAACACUCCAGCAUCUACCCGACGGAAGACGAGCUCCAGGCCGUUCAGACGGCCGUGUCUCACUCGGAGCGGGCCCUGCGGCUCGUCUCGGAUUGGCUGACGGAGCAGGACACGAGGAAGGAGGAAGGGAGCGAAGAGAAAGGGAAGACGGAGGACGCGCCCCGGGUUCUGAAAGGGGUCAUGAGAGUUGGGGUGCUGGCGAAAGGGCUGCUUCUCCGCGGAGACCGGAACGUCCGCUUGAUCCUGUUGUCGGCCCAGAAGCCCACGCUGGCCCUCCUCCAGAGCAUCGCCAAGGAGCUGCCCAACCAGUUGGGGAAGGUGACGAACGAGGAUUACGAGGUCGCCUCCAACUCCGAAGAAGCCCACAUCGUCAUCGCCGCCUGCAAAGAGCCCAAGAUGCAGGUCACGGUUUCGCUCACGUCCCCUCUGAUGAGGGAAGACGUUCCCGUGGAGCCAGAGGCACCUUCAGAGCCGCCGCUCAACUCCUCUGAGAUCUUGAGCCAGGAGAAAUGCCUGGAGUCCCUGGCCGCCCUUCGCCACGCGAAGUGGUUCCAGGCCCGAGCGAACGGCUUGCAGUCGUGCGUGAUCAUCAUCCGGGUUCUGCGCGACCUUUGCCAGCGUGUGCCCACGUGGGGCGCUCUUCCGGAUUGGGCGUUGGAGCUGCUUGUCGAAAGAGUUCUGACCAGCUCCACAGGGCCUCUGGGUCCUGGAGAGGCGCUGCGGCGGGUUCUGGAAUGCAUUGCCACCGGAAUGCUCUUAGCAGAUGGUCCGGGGCUUCAAGACCCCUGUGAGAAGGAACCCGUGGACGCCUUGCGGGGCAUGGCCCGCCAGCAACGGGAGGACGUCACGGCCAGCAGCCAGCACGCCUUGCGGAUGCUCGCUUUCCGCCAGAUCCACAAAGUCCUCGGUAUGGAGCCCUUGCCGCUGCUGAAAAACCGGCCCAGUGCCCACAGCCGGAAGCGGCGGUGGGACACGGACGAGGAGACGGAGGGCGAAGGCGAGGGCAAGAAAGACAAGAAGGAGGAGGAGGAGGAGGAGGAGGAGGACGCCGCCGACAAAGACGAGGACGGGGCCUGACUGCGGCGGCCGGGUUGGCCAGGAAGGAUGUUCACAUGACGUUACUUUUUUUAUAUAUAUAAAUAUAUAUAUUAUGAGUUGCUGUUUAGUCUAAAAUUUUGGUAAUUUUAGUGUGUUCUUUUUUCCCCUCCCUCCCCUUUAAAAACAGACAAACAUAACUGUAGAUUGUUUUAAUACUGUGCUUCAGUCAUUAAAGGGAUUCCGUCAGAGUAA